AUGGCGGCCACUUUUCAGUACGCAAAGCAGUAUAGCUGGUCAAAGAUUAAGCGUGCCAGGCAGGCAGCAGCACCAUUCCGUCCAGUCCCUCUUCUCGACGGCGACGACGACCAAGACGAACGCGGCUCGAGCCAAGGUCUGCUAGAAAAAGGCUCAGCAGGCAGACAGCCGCAGCAAACAGCUCCAAGGUCGCUGUGGCGAGAUUCAACAUUCUUACUAUUUCACGCUGCUUUGUUGGCCUUGUAUCUGCUGGUACUGGGUCUAGUCGCGGCGGGCAAACGCCCGUCGUCUUGUUGCGCCGGAGCACCCGGAGUGCCGUAUUCGCCGGCAGCAAAAGUCAUCGAGUGGAAGGAUACGAAAUUCACCCUCGAAGACCAUAUACAAGACCUGAGCAUAUACUCUGGCGCGCCCUCACCAGAGCUCGACAAAGCCUGGCAUGACUUGUUAAACAGCCAGAAUGUGCGGAUUGAAGCCGAAUAUUUUAAACAUCAUGGUCGUGAAAAAAUCGGCGUCGCCGUACCCGGAAGCGACGACUACAUUGGCACGUUAAACGUCUUUCACGAGCUGCACUGCAUAAAACGACUACACCAAUUCAUGUACACGGAUUACUAUUUCCCAGAUUUCACCGAGCAUCAAUUAGAUAUGAACAGACUACACAACGAACACUGCCUCGACUUUUUACGGCAGUCUGCCAUGUGUCAUGGCGAUGUCGGCUUAAUCACCUACAUCUGGAGGCAAGAUAGCCGGCUGCCAGUGGUCAACUCGACGUCGCAUCAGUGCGUCAACUGGGCCAAGCUCUAUGGUUGGAGCCAAGACCGCGCCGUUGAUAUGCUCAAGCCCGGGUGGUUGGUCCAUCCGACAAAGGGGGUGGUAUAUCCAGACGGUGAAGGAGACCGGAUCGGUGCGAUUGACAAAGAAUUACACCACUAA